GUGUCCCUAAGGUGCAAAUACAUUAUGACAGAUGAUGACAUAAAAUAUUUUAAUGCUUGGUGCGAAGCAAUGGAUGAUGUUGAAAAGCCAAGACGCUUACUCUGCACUUGGCAUGUCAUCAAAAACUGGAAUAUUCAAGAAAGGAAUAAAUUGAAGAAACCGGAUAAUAAGAAAGGAAUGAAACUAAGAAUGAGAAAUAUCUUGAAAGAGACCAGUAUUUCAAAAUUUCUAGAAUUGAAAGAUGAAUAUUUUAAAUAUCUUGAAGAAGAAAAUGAACUGGAUUUCUUGAAAUACUUACAGAAUCAUUAUUUCCAGUGCAAUGAGAGAAUUAUGAUGUGGGCCCACUGCCACAGAAUAAAUGUAGGAAUAAAUACCAAUAUGGCUAUUGAGAGCCUACAUAAAGUACUUAAAUAUAAUAAAAUGAAGGGACAUCAAAAUUUACGAAUCGAGAAGUUAUUAGACUUAUUAGAAGACCUUGUUAAUGAAAAAAUGUGGAGAAGAGUCAUCGAGUCUGAAAGGUCAAAUGUUAAUUUCUACCAAUCUAGAAGAAAGUUGUCUGUCUAG